AUGAAUACACAAAAUUACGCAAAGACUAAAAUAAUGAAUGCACAGAAGGCACGCGUUGCAUGUAUGUCAAAUAAGUUUAAAAACAUAAGAGAAAUAGGAGAGGAUACGUAUCAAGUGAUGCUCAAAGAUAGAUUUUAUAGAUGUGAUACAUGUUUACAAGAGGCAUUCUUCACUUUAGAUAAUGCUAAAUACUGGUAUUUGGUUUUCAUUUAUGAUUUUAUGUAUAAAUGCAUGAAUGUUAAUCGUUUUCAUUUCAUUGAAGGUGAUACUGAUUCAUCUUAUUGGGCAAUCGCUGGCGAUCCAAAUCUUCCUAACACUCAAGCAUUUCAAGCAAUUGUUACCGAUAAACAAUUUUAUGAUAAAAACAUUUUCAAAUUCGCACCUUUUGAUUUCUUCUGUUUUGAUGAGAAAUUUAAACCUAAAUUAAAGAAUAAAACUGAAGAAAAAGCACAUGAGAAGAAGUUAUUGGGUUUAGCAAUUGAGAAACAAGGUGAUAACAUGGUUGCUUUAUGUCCUAAGUGUUAUACAUCAUUCAACGGUUCAAUUGAUGGAAGUGAUUUUAAAAAGAUUGCACAAAAAAUGAAAGGUGUUAGUUUACGACAAAAUAAACAAUUAACACCUAAAAAUUAUUUGGAUAUAAUAAAUGAUAAAGUGAUAUUUGAUGGUCAGAAUAUUAAUUUACAACUUAAAAACGGGUCAAUGACUCGCU